GUUUCCCCUUCCAAAGACACCUUCCGCUUUCUUUCAGGGGACUUCCGCCCUUACUACCGUUGACCAAUCCUCAUACCGAUUCUGUUUUUCAUUUCCGCUUUUCAAGGCAGAGUUGUAUACGUUACUUCCGCCCGGGCGCGAGCUCUUGUCCCCACCUUCAGCCCUUUUUUGCUUCCCCCUCCGAGAGCGGAAACUUCCGCCCUCAGUGCGUGGGCCAGGAGGGAGCGCUUCCGGGUUAAGCGGCGCCCCGCCCCUGCGCGAGCCGUGGCAGCUGAGAUGGAGCUGGAGAGGAUGGCCCUGCCCCCCAGGGGGCCUCUGGAGCUGCCCCUCUCUGUUUUGGAAGUUGGGUGCGCUGGCCGUUUUGAGCUCAUCACUCAAGAGGAGGGCCCCGACAGAGAUGGAUUUCCACUGACUACGCUUCCCCAUGGGUUGCCCCCUUAUGCGGAGGACCUGGUCUCCGAGUUGGAGCAGAACUUUCUCAACAGCCCUGAGUGGCUUCCCAUCCACCAUUUUGAAAGGUCUCACAGAUUUUGGCCCCGCGAGAAGGACAUCCAGUCGCUCUUCAAGGUAGAUGCCACACCUGUGCACUCCACACUUCAGGCUGAGCGCAACCCCACCACAGGAGAGUUGCUGGGUUUCCGAGAGGCACUUGUGGACAACAUGGGCUUAUCAGCCAAGAAUUCCCUUUCCUUCCAGAGAGCGCCUGGUCCUCCGGCUGAGGCUCUGCGGGGCAGUGCCACCAAUUAUCCUUUCUGGCCAGGUGGGAUGGAUGAACCCAGCCUGGAGCAAAUCACGGCUCAAGAAGACCUGGAAGAGGACAUUGAUUUUGAGAAAGAUUUGCUGACUGUGCCGCCUGGAUGGAAGAAGGGAGUGGAGUUCACCAAGCAAGAGCUCAAGGCCUCUCCAGGGCUGCUGAAUUUGACUAAUUUGUUGGGGGCAUUGGAUACCUUUGAAUUGGAAGCCUCCAGCGAUGAAGAAGUCAAGGAGAAGGCUGAGGAGAUGGAGAAGAGGAAGAAGAAAGGGAAGGAAAAGGGGGUAAAGGAAGAACAAAUGCCCCCUGCAGAACCAGUGCCGUUGCAGAGGGCAAACAGCCUGGAAGAACUGGUGCUUAAGGAGGUCACCCCCACCCCCAAGGCAGCAACAGAGGCUGCUCCCACCGCUGCCCCCACCCCUGCGCAAGCUGCUGACGCCCCCAAGGAGCAAUGGGCCGUUCCAGUAGACAUCAGUUCCCCUGUGGAUGACUUCUACAAGCGGAUCCCUGACCCGGCUUUCAAGUGGCCUUUUGAGCCAGACGUUUUCCAGAAACAGGCAAUUCUUCACCUGGAGAAGCAUGAUUCCGUAUUUGUCGCUGCCCACACAUCUGCUGGAAAGACCGUAGUGGCGGAAUAUGCCAUCGCUCUGUCCCAGAAGCACAUGACGCGCACCAUAUACACUUCCCCGAUCAAGGCUCUUUCCAACCAGAAAUUUCGGGAUUUCAAGAACACCUUUGGAGAUGUGGGCCUGCUGACGGGGGACGUGCAGCUGCAUCCAGAUGCCUCUUGCCUCAUCAUGACCACAGAGAUUCUUCGGUCUAUGCUCUAUAAUGGCUCGGACGUUCUCAGAGACCUGGAAUGGGUGAUCUUCGAUGAGGUGCACUACAUUAACGACUCCGAGCGUGGUGUGGUCUGGGAAGAGGUCCUCAUCAUGCUGCCGGACCAUGUGAACAUCAUCUUGCUGAGUGCCACAGUUCCCAACACCCUGGAGUUCGCCGACUGGAUCGGGAGGAUCAAGAGGAAGAAAAUCUACGUGAUCAGCACCCUGAAGCGCCCUGUCCCGCUGGAGCAUUACCUGUAUACCGGCAAUAGCCAGAAGACCCAGAACGAGCUCUUCCUCUUGGUUGAUGCCCGGGGGACGUUUCUUACCAAAGGGUAUUAUGAUGCUGUGGACGCCAAGAAGGAGCGGGCUAGCAGACACUCCCAGACCUUUGGUGCCAAGCAGCCCAUGCACCCGGGAGGUGGGCCCGGACAGGACAAGAACAUCUGGUUGUCGCUCAUCGACAUGCUGCGCAAGAAGGACCAGCUGCCCGUGGUGGCCUUCACGUUCUCCCGCAAUCGCUGCGAUGACAACGCUACCAUGCUCACCACUGUCGACCUCACCACGACCACGGAGAAGAGCGAGAUCCACGUCUUCUUCCAGAAGUGCAUCUCCCGCCUGAAGGGCACAGACCGCCAGCUGCCCCAGGUUCUUCACAUGGUGGACCUGCUGAAGCGCGGCAUUGGCGUCCACCACAGCGGCAUCCUGCCCAUCCUGAAGGAGGUGGUGGAGAUGCUGUUCAGCAAGGGCCUGGUCAAGAUCCUCUUUGCGACCGAGACGUUCGCCAUGGGGGUGAACAUGCCAGCAAGAACCGUGGUCUUCGAUUCGAUCCGUAAACAUGACGGGGCUAACUUCCGGGAUUUGGUGCCAGCGGAGUACAUCCAGAUGGCGGGCCGGGCUGGGCGCCGAGGUCUGGACACCACCGGGAUGGUGAUUAUCUUGUGCAAAAACCAAGUGCCGGAGAUGGCUGAUCUCCACCGGAUGAUGUUGGGUAAACCAACUCAGCUGCAGUCUCAGUUCCGCCUGACGUACACCAUGAUCCUCAACCUGCUGAGAGUGGAAGCGCUGCGCGUGGAGGACAUGAUGAAGAGGAGCUUCUCCGAGUUCCACACCCGGAAAGACAGCAAGGUCUAUGAGCACAGGAUCACCCAGCUCAGUUGCAUCCUGGCCAGCAUGGAAGCAGUGGAUACAUCCGGGCAGCUUGGCGACUUGCAGGAGUAUUACCAGGUGGUUCGAGAGCUGCAGGAGACCCGGGAACUCAUACAGAGGCGAGUCACCGAGUCAGUGAAUGGGCUGAAGACCCUUUCUGUGGGGCGAGUGAUUGUCGUGAAAAACCAAGAGCACAGGAAUGCCCUGGGUGUGAUCUUGCAGGUUUCCUCUGACACGGCCAACCGAGCCUUCAGCACCCUGGUGAUGUGCGAGAAGGGUGCCGUGGAGCGGGAUUCCAGCACAGGCAAGGAGACCAACCUCCCCUCCCGUCCGGACGUGCCUCUCCCGGAAGACUUUCUGCGCAGCAGGCUCUUCCUUCCAGAGGGCCCCUGCGGACACACCAUCAAGAAGCUGGGCCCGUCCGAUGUUUCAGGCAUCACCACCAAGACCCUGCGUGUCAAUGCUGAGCGCAUCCUGGAGGACUUCAAGAAGCGACAGAUGCCCAGGUUCAGAAAUGAUCCUCCUGGGCCAUCUGCAGCCACGGCAACCCAGGAGCUGCUGCGUCUGGCUGAGGGCUCCCCCGAGGGCCUUCCUCUCCUGGACCCCGUGAACGACCUCCAGCUGAAGAACCUGGAAGUUGUGGAGGGAGUGGUGAGGGCGCGUCAGCUGGAGGAGGCACUGCCACAGUUCCAGUGCGUACACAGCCCUCGCUUCCACACAGAGUUCGGGCGCUUCCAAGAACGCCAGCGGGUUCUGGAGGAGCUGGAGCAGCUCCGCUUUCUGCUGUCAGACCAGUCCCUCCUGCUGCUUCCUGAGUAUCACCAGCGCGUUGAGGUCCUGCGUUCCCUGGGCUACAUCAACGAGAGCGGGGCCGUGGAACUCAAGGGCAGCGUGGCCCGCCAGAUCAGCAACCACGAGCUGCUCCUGACCCAGCUGCUGCUGGACAACGCCCUGACGGACCUGCGGCCGGAGGAGAUUGUGGCGCUGCUGAGCUGCACGGUCUGCCAGGUCCGCACCCAGGUGGAGCCUCAGCUGCCCUCCGUCCUUCAGAAGGGCAUUGAGCACAUCCGGUCCGUGGCCGAGGAGAUCGCCCUGCUGCAGCGCAAGUGUGGCCUGCGGGAGUCCGUGGAGGACUUUGUGGAACAGUACAAGUUCGGGCUGGUGGAAGUGGUUUACGAAUGGGCCCGGGGCAUGGUAAGAACUGCCGCUCCCCCACAGUCUCCGACUUCCCCCGCUCACAGAUCUGCCUGGCCCUUCUCCGGACCGAAGCGUCCCCGCAAAGGCUGCUGUGGCUGGGCUCCGAGUGAAAGGGAUGGGGACGAAAUGGUCCCCGAGCUUGGCUUCCUGCUGGGGCAGGUGUGGGGAGCAGAGGCAGACCCACAGAACACGCCGCCACAACCAAACCCAAGAGCCUUCCCUGGUCUAUGGCACGAAGGUCGCCUCCUAGCUUCUCUCUCCAGUGCAACACGUGUCUCAUUCUGACCUGCUGCUGGCAUCAUGUUAUGCAGACGAAGGUUUGAACGCCCAGCCAGACCCCCCGACCCGGCCUGCAGCCAUCCUGUCUUAGACUACAACUCCCAUCAGCCCCCAGGCUGUUGGGAAUGGUAGCCCACGGGAGAGUGCCAGGUCCAGGACGGCUACUCUCAGCAGUGCUUCUGCUGCUGAUGGCUGAAGCUGAGUCCCCGCUUCCCUUCAUAAGCUGCCUGGGUCUUGUGGCAGGCGCAGAAGAAGUAGAGGACAUUUCAGAAUACAAGCAGGUGGCGGCAGUGCCUGGGUUCAGAUGGGCUUUUCACUGAGCCCUUCCACCAAACUAAAACUUGGGGCCCUUAAUCUAUUCCUGGGGUCCCCAACAUCGUGCCCAAACAGUUUGUCCGCAGCAACUUGCUUGGGUGCCUGCCAGUCUCCUGGCCUCUCCUGAUUUUAAGCUUGUAAAGCCAGUUACUUUUCACCUCAUUUCACCAGGUGGCUUUCUGGGGAAUGGGUGUUUUGACAGGCCUUGUUCACCUUGUUCACCCACAACACACAACACUCCAAAUGUGCCCAUCAGUCCAAAAGGGACCGGGACCCCUGACUGGCUGGGGAUGGACAAGCUGCCCGCAUUGGAGGCAGGUUCCAUCCAGCUCGUGUGUUCCUGGUGACUUUAUUCUUCUCCCCACAAGCCGUUUGCUGAGAUCGCCCGCCUCACAGACGUUCAGGAAGGGAUCAUCGUCCGGUGCAUCCAGCGGCUGGACGAGACCUGUCGUGAGA